AGGUAAAACUUACAUUUAUGAAACAGCUGAGAAUUCAUAACUGCUAUUUGUUGCUGUGUAUGUUCAAUCAGACAAUGUAUUAUUUUGAAGAUUUCUAAUUCUAGAAACUGGUAAUCUUAUAAUAUUUAUGAAAAUUUUAUCAAUCGAAGAUGUUGUCUUACAAAGAACUACUAAGAAUAUGUAUUGAAGCACUUAACAUAUUUAGUUCCGAUGAUCAGAGUGUGGAAGAAUUCAUCAAAGACUUUCUCAAACGCAGGCCGGGACUGAAUGAUGAUGACCAUACUUUCAUUGUUGAAGUAUUUUCUGGAUGUUUUGAAUUCCGCAAAGUAAUUAAGGUUGUUGUUGAUGGCUUCCAUGUUCUUGAUGGGAGAAAUAGUUUGGCUUCAGAUACAAAUUUAUUCAAUGUUCUCUGUUAUCUGAUUUUAUUUCGGUUGGAUGAACUCGGUAUGUCACAUAUGAAGAAAUUCAUACAGUCACAAGAUGUCAACAAAAUGUAUAAAUUUCUGAGAUUUUUUCUCUCUGAGGCAAAUUUAGACACUUGGAUAUACAGUGAAUGGUGUAAGGAAUAUGAUAGUCAAUAUGUUCAAGAAAAAAUUAUGCUGCCACUGAUAAGGUGGAAGCCUCAGUUGGAUGAACAUGUCGAAUAUCUCAGAGCUGUUGUUGAAAACAGAAUUCCACUGAAAAAAACAGAUGUUCCAUUGACUAAUCCUCAACCAUUUAAUAUCACAAAGCCGAAACCUCGAGGUGUACCCAUGCCAGAUAAAAUUCCAAAAUUGACUAGACACAAACCAGUACCAGAGCAUCUUUACAGGCAACCAAAAGAAAUAGAAAACCUUGCAAGAAUCAGAGAAGAAAAUCGACAAAAAGCUGAAGAGUUUUUAUUGGAAACAGAAUCAGAUCAAUUCAAGUGUGCUAAUGCAGAAAAGUCUACAAGAGCUAAUAUGGUUAUGAACAGGAUAAGAGAAGAAGAAGAAGCAAAAUUAAAUUUCAAUAAACGACAUUCACAACCUAUUCCAAAGAGCAUGACGCAGAAUCGACCAAUCAAAAUGAAUGCUGCAGCAAUUUUAAGAGAAGGAGCUUUGUUUAGAAAAAAAGAAGGCGAAGAGUUAGUCAAACUAGAAAAGCUUCUUGAUGGUGCAAAAGAUGCUUCAGAAUUUGAAUCUUGGCAACAGAAAAAAUUAGAAAAAGACAGAAAACAAAAGGAAACUGAUCUGGAACGUAAAAGAAUGCAAGGAAAAUUAAGCAGAGAAGAAGCAAUCAUUGCAAGGCAACGCAAGGCCAAAGAAAAUCAAGAAAAGGUGACAGAAAUGAAGAUGGAGACUGCAGAAAUGAUGCAAGAGUUUCUAACUUUAAGGAUGGAAGAAGAAGAUCAAAUGAGAAGCUUAGUUGAAGAAAUCAUGGCUGGGCAUGAAAAUACUAAAAUUGUGAAAGAAAGAUUGAAGGAAUAUAAAAGAAAAUUAGUUCAAGAUGUAAAUGCACAAAGUAGAGAACUAAUGAAGCAAGCACUAGAAGAUGCAGAGGCAGAAAUGAGAAGAAAAAUCGAACUCAUCCAAGAAAUUCGUGCAAUGGAAUCUAUUCCAAUUAACAGAAAUAAACUUGUUGAUCUAACUGCAACUGCCGGUCAUGCUCUGCUAUCCGAGAUGUCAAUUGUUGAAUUGAGAGAACGACUAAGUUUGUUGAAAGAAGAGAAAAAGGCUGUUGAAGAACAAAGGAGAGAUGCAAAUAUACAAGAAAAACAAGCUAAAAAUGACAGAUUAAUGGAAAAUCUUGCUUGCAUCUCAGUUCAUAGAAGAGAGAUGACAAAAGCAGCAGCAAUGAAGGCAAAACAACAAAGCGAAUUAGCAGACAGACAGAAGAGAGAUCUUGAGAGUGAUGAAAAUUUACAGAAAUUGAAGAAACAGCUUGAGGACAAAAAAGCCGAACGAUUGAAGUUGUCAAGGGAACUAGAAGUAAAACCUACACCUUCAUCUGCAACAAGGACGAGGAAAUUACUGAAAGAACGAAAACAACAAGAGACAACUCGAUGGCGACAACUGGAAUCAAGUCAAAUGCGACUCGCAAAAUUACGAGCGGGUAAUCUUAGCUCCGUUCCCACCAGGGAUAAAUCAAACAGAGGAACUGCCAUAAUCACUUAAUUUUUUUUUUUUAGUUGCUUAUUUUAUCCGUAAAAAUUAUAAAUAAAAAUUUUGAUGUAAAAAGUAAAAUAAAUGAGUUUAACUUGUUGCUUUGAAGUAUUGUUUAAAAUCGUUGAUGGUAUUAUGAAUAUAAAAAGCCAUCUCGA